GCCGAAUAUCCAUGUGGGUCAAUCCCAUUGUGGAGGAAACCUGCUGUCAUCAUGCCGAAUACCCGAGGGGUCCCGUUGCCUGGGAACUCGUAGUAGUCACCAUGCUGAAUAUCCGUGGUCGGUCGAGGCUUGUUGCUGGGGUGCGUUGUCCGUGUGGUAAGGGUCCGUAGUGCUGCGCAACGGUCUCUAAGACCCGAAAAUAACUGUGGGAAUAUCGGCUUGACAAUCCCACCUCCGGUGGGGUUGUUCACCGCUGCCCCUGUCACCCUCGACAUCUCGGAGUUCUCUCGGGAGGAGCUCCUCAAGAUUCGCGCCCUCGAGGGCAUCGACCUCGACACCGAUGACCCCGAGGAGAUGGCGUACAAUCGCCAGAAGGUCCAGGCGGCAGGAACUGUCUUCGGACGCCGUCUGGAGAUCGAGCACCGCGCCGAGGACGACCAGAAGGCGAGGGAGGGCAGGGCGGCUAUGCGCAAGGCCUCCCUGCAGGCUCUCUUCGACUCCGCCGCCGAGUCCUCGCGCAAGACUGCGCACGCAGACGCGCCCACACGGCCCUUCAAGCAGCGUCUUGUUCACUGGCGAGGCAAGGCAGCGUACAACCGCGAGAAGAGGAAGGAGAAACUCGCCGAGCAGGGGAAGAAGUCAUGGAAAGGCUUGAAGAGUGGGGCGAAGGCUACGGGGAAGUUCCUUCGUGCCCACUGGAAGGAGAUCCUCCAGAUCACCGUCGUCAUUGCCCGCAAAUGCGUGAGUGCACACGUUGGAGGUAUUCUCUAGCUUUUUUUUUCUGUGUCUCCUUUUUUCCCCUCUCGUCAUAGUAUUAGUGCGAUUCCCCUCUCUUGUAGUGGUUGUGCUGGCGCCUGUGGACGGCACAACCACAUUACUAUUGAAAUGACAAUGUAUUAUUUAGAAC